AUGUGCCAGGCGUCCCGUGCUCUCGCAUUACUCCCACCGUCAGUGCAAGAAAGCGUGCUAAAAUACUACUUCGUUAGAGACGCCAAAAUGAGCCUGGCCUCUCAUAUAUUAAAACAUCUCAUCAUCACAAAAUAUUGUAAUGUUUCCUGGUCACGGAGUACGAUCUCAGCAGCUGCGAAUGGAAAGCCCUGCUUCGCCCCUUCCUCCUCGGACGGCAGCAGUGACCAUCGGGUACGCAUCGAUUUCAAUGUCAGUCACCAAGCUGGGGUUGUCAGCCUUAUUGCUGCUAUUGGAUUUGAGAACCACGUAGAUGUUGGAACGGAUGUGGUGUGUUGGAACGAGAGGCUGAGCAGUAACCACCAACAUAUUGACAAAAGUGGUUUCUUCGAUUGGAUUGAUAUGCAUGGCGAAGUGUUUGCGGAGGAAGAGCUGAAAUGCAUGAGGUUGGCGACGGUCAAUCUCAAGGAUUUGGGGAUUAUCGAUGCCCAAAUCUCGGGUGAUGGAGAGGAUGCACUCUCUAAAUGUCAGUGGAGGAAUAGAAAAAUAAAUCUCAAGGUUACCCGGGAUGAUGGCCGGACGGAAGAAGAUGUGCAGGUCUCCACCAACCCGGUCAUUGAUGCAAAAGUGCGCAACUUUUACGCAAUGUGGUGUCUACGAGAAGCUUAUGUCAAAAUGACCGGAGAAGCGCUGUUGGCGCCGUGGCUAAAAGAUCUCGAGAUCUCGAACCUUCUAGUCCCUGCAGCGAAGGAGGGGGUUCAAGAUCCAGACUCACUACAGGCAGGAGAGAUGUUUCAAAAUUUCCGGAUAUUAUUCAAGGGAAAGCCGGUCACGAAUGUGAAAAUGGAGUUGUCGGCCCUGGGAAUGGGUUACAUGGUGUGUGGAUCCGUGAGGGCGAGCAACCCAACCGAACAGUCCCAGCUGGAAAUGACAGCUUGGGAAUUGCUAGAUCUCGAUCGUGAACUUGAUAGUAUUGGAGUUUGA